AUCACAUUGAAAUUUUGUUUGUAAACAGAAAACGAGUUGGAAAUCGAGCGGUGCGUUUCGAAACGAUUCGAAUCAUGACGGACACGGUGGGAAAACUGGAGGAAGAGGCCCUCAAGCGCAAGGAGCGUCUGCGAAAUCUGAAGCGCAAGCAGGAGGCGUCCUCGGCGGAGGCGGAACAACCCGCGGAGGCGAUUCCCAAACCGGUGUUCCGGAACUACCGUCCCGAGAGCGAGGAGAUCCAGGAGAGUGCCCUGGAGGAGGUGCAACCGACGGACGUGGAGCGGGAGAUUAGCUCGCAGCUGGAGUUGAUGCGGGCGCCGAUCGUGAUCGAGGAGAUUGACAUUGCAAAUUUGGCGCCGCGGAAGCCGGACUGGGAUUUGAAGCGGGACGUGUCGAAAAAGUUGGAAAAGCUGGAGCGGCGGACGCAAAAGGCGAUUGCCGAGUUGAUCCGGGACCGGUUGAAGGCGGGCCAGGAGGACAUUAUGCAGGCGGUCAACGUGGCCGCGGUGGCGGCCUCGAGGGAGGGUGAUGAGGAGGAUUGAGAAGGAGGUUGGGUGGAAUUGAUUAAAACUUUUUUUUAAAUAUAAU